AUGGAGUUGGAGCCUAUUUCGAGCUGUUGUUCGUCUUCAUCUUCUGGUGAGGACACGUCGGCGGCGGCGAACAUGACGGAGCUAGAGGCGGCAGAGGCAUUAGCGGAUUUGGCGCAGCUUGCGGUAAUGCGAGAGCAGGUUUUCGAAUCCGCGGCGAGCUGGGGAAGCAAAGGGAAACGAGUUAGGAAACGAGUCAAAACCGAGUCUCCUCCGUGCGACUCGGAGACGUUACCUACUCCGGAUCUAGCUGAGGAACGAGUAGUGAAAGAAGGAGAAGAAGAAGUUGAACCGAUUAGUAGAGAAGUAAUUGAAGUUCCGGUUAAAACUGAAACGAAUGGUGAAAUAACUAAACCAAAUCUUGCUUCGACGCUAAAGUGUAAUAGAUCAAGUGGUUGUGGCCGAUCAAGACAGAAUUUAAGUGAGGCUGAAAGAGAAGAACGUAGAAUCCGGAGAAUACUAGCUAACAGAGAAUCCGCUAGGCAGACUAUUCGUCGACGACAGGCAAUGUGCGAGGAGUUGAGUAAAAAAGCAGCUGAUCUAACAUAUGAGAAUGAGAAUCUGAGAAGGGAAAAAGAUUGGGCGUUGAAAGAGUUUCAAUCUUUGGAGACGAUUAACAAGCAUUUAAAAGAACAGGUAUCGAAGUCAGUAAAGCCCGAAGAGACAAAAGAACCUGAAGACUCCCCCAAGCCAUCAUCACAAGUUGAGAUGUCUACACCAUCUACUCCCUUUUACAUCUACAACCAAAAUCCAUACCAGCUUUUCUGCUGGCCUCAUGUUACUCAACCUUCAAAUCCAGUGGUGGAAUGUCAAAACGGUUUUACAGCACCAAUCCCCACGUCUGGAGGAGCGCCUGCUAAAACCAAGACCACGCAGGAGAAGGGGAAUCCUGGAGAUGAUAAUGGGCAGAAAACUCAUUUUUACGUCGUGCCAUGUCCUUGGUUUCUCCCUGCUCCUGAUCAGAGCAACGGUGUCCCCUUUAAGUUUGAAGAACCACAAAAAGUUGUUUCGUCAAACGGUCACCAUGUCGAUGAUUCUUCUGCAAAACCAGUUGAGGUCACAAAAACUCUACCAACUAGCAUCAAAGAAGAGGAUUCUGGUUCAACGGAAACAAGACCUUUGUAUGAUCUCAAUGAAUCUGCAACUGAAGUCCUCUCAGAAGGAGAUGGUUUUCCUGUAACGCAACAAGGUUUUAGUUUGAAGCAUGAAGAUGUUUCUGACUCGCCUAAUGGAGUCACGCCUGGCCACCGUGUUUUGAUGUCUCUACCGGGGAAGAAACAAGGCUCUUUGGCAGCAGCAGAAGCUAGAAAGAGAAGGAAAGAACUCACUAAGCUCAAGAACCUCCAUGGCCGUCAAUGUCGGAUGCAAGUAUGACAAACAUUACAAUAUAAAGGUACUUCAUGAAUCAUGGAUUCCCUUUGUUUUUGUCCGGGACAUUUUCAAAUUGUUUCGGCUUUUCUUUAUUAAACACCAACGUCAGAGAGUCAUACUGAUGAUCCAAGAAACAAAAUUGGAUUACUAUUAUUAUUACACACAUCCAAGAUUAGUAAUGUUUUUCAAGAGUUUUGUUUUUUUUUACAAAAAUGUUUGUAAGAUUCUGUUUGCUUCUCAGUGGAGGAAGUUACGGU